AUGGAGAGUAGCCGAUGGAUUGCAGCAGUAGCAAGUAUUUGGAUUCAGUGCAGUUGUGGUGCUUCGUACGCUUUCGGCAUAUAUUCUCCACUCCUAAAAUCCAGCCAAAAUUACGAUCAAUCCACUCUUGACUUGAUUUCAGUCUUCAAAGACAUCGGGGCAAACGCCGGAAUUCUUUCCGGGAUCCUUUAUACCUCCACUGCCAACAAUCGCCGCCACCAGUCCAACUCGUGUUUAUAUGGCCCCUGGGUGGUCCAUGCGGCCGGUGCAAUCCAGUGCUUUAUUGGGUACUACUUCAUUUGGCUUGCCAUCAUCGGAGCGAUUCCCCGUCAGGAGGUUCCGGUGAUGUGUCUUUUCAUGUUCCUGGCUGCGCAUGCCCAGACGUUUUUCAAUACGGCUAAUGUUGUUACGGCGGUUCAGAACUUUCCGGAGUACAGCGGCACCAUUGUCGGCAUCAUGAAGGGUUUUCUUGGUCUAAGUGGAGCAGUACUGAUACAAGUGUAUCAGACAUUAUUCCAAGGGAAGCCAAGCACUUUCUUGUUGCUUCUGGCUCUUUUACCACCCAUUCUCUCUAUUGUUCUUAUGUGGUUCGUGAGAGUCUAUCAGGUACCUAAUAGAGAUGAGAAGGAGAAGAAAUAUUUGAAUGGUUUCUCGCUAAUUUCUAUGGUAGUCGCAGCAUAUCUUAUGUUCUUAAUAAUCUUGAAAAACACCGUCAGUUUGUCACCAUGGGCGCACGCUCUCUCUCUGGUAGUUCUACUUGUUCUACUGUCUUCACCAAUUACGAUUGCAGUCAAAGCACACGAGGAGGAUUUACUGAGAUCAUCACAAACCUUAUCCAGUUUAAACACCCCACUAAUAAAAGGACCUAAUUCGUUUAACUCAGAGAAGUCUGCAGUAGAGAAUCCAAGAGACUGUCCCAAUGUUCCGACUAACGAGCAUCAGAAGCCCAAUUCUGAGGAUACUCUACAUGUUGAAGAAUUGAAUCUUUUUCAAGCCAUGCGAACCAUGAACUUCUGGUUGUUGUUUGUUGCGAUGCUAUGUGGAAUGGGCUCAGGAUUGGCCACAAUAAACAAUAUCAGCCAAAUAGGAGAAUCACUCGGUUACACAUCAGUCCAGAGAAGUACAUUGGUUUCUCUAUGGAGCAUAUGGAAUUUUCUGGGGCGUUUUGGAGCUGGAUAUGUUUCUGAUACAUUGAUGCAUAGACUAGGUUGGGCAAGGCCAUUGUUUAUGACUUUGACACUAGCAACCAUGGCUGGAGGCCAUUUAAUUAUCGGUUCUGGUUUUCCUGGAAAUUUGUACGUGGGUUCGGUUUUAGUUGGUGUUUGUUACGGUUCACAAUGGUCAUUGAUGCCCACCAUCACGUCUGAGAUAUUUGGCGUGCCACAUAUGGGUACAAUAUUUAACACCAUUGCCGUAGCUAGUCCUGUUGGAUCUUCCAUACUUUCUGUAAGAGUGAUUGGUUAUAUCUACGACAAAGAAGCAUCAAGCGAAGGGAAUUCAUGUAGUGGCACCCACUGUUUCAUGUUAUCAUUUUUCAUAUUGGCGUCUGUUAGUCUUUUCGGGUUUCUAGUUGCUUUGGUCUUGUUUAUAAAGACAAGAGGGCUCUACAGGAUUCUAAUUUUAAGACGACUACGGAAUUCUGCAAGAAGGACUUCUAUGUAUAUAGUCGGCCGCUAA